UAAGCUGUGUUGAAUUAAUGUAGCUGUGGAGAAGCCGCAUUGAAGAAGAAAAUUCUAUCUUGUUAGCACAAACUUUCCUGUUCAAAACACCCUACUUGAAGGCCCCCUUUGUUUUGCUGAAAUGGUUGUAACUGAAAUAAUCAGCUACUGUUGUAAUUAGAGUUGAAGCACCCUGUUCAUUUUUUGUGGUAAAGAAAAACACAGAUGAAAAGUUUGGAAUGUUUUUUGACAAUGGAAAUCCUCUCUUCCAGUUCUACCUCACCUGUGUGUGUUCCUGUGUGGGGGGUGGGGAGAAGACUGACCGUGCCUGGGUGGUACGGGGGAGAGACACGGCUACUCCUGUUGCACCACUGGUUCCCUAUACUUCCCUGGUGACCUAGAAAGGAGUUCCCUAUACUUCCCACCUAGAAAGGAGCUACUCAACCCUUUCCUCGAGUACAUGUGUUCCUAUAAUGAUGUAGCUGACACCUGUGUGAGUCAUGGCUGAGGGCCAGGGGGCGGCUGGGCACUCAGGUGAAACUGCAGGUUCACCCCGAGCCUGUAGCAGCCAGCUGAAGAGGAAGGGGGAGGAUGGAGAAGAGUUUCCAGGGAAGAAGAAACCAGCUACUUGUAGAGAGGAAGGUGUUCGUAGGUACUUCUAUUACACCAAAGAAAAGGUGAGCUCAGACUGGAAGGACCUGGCCUUCCAUCUUGGGUUUGAACAACCAGACAUCGACAACAUCGAAGGGAGAAACCGGGAUGACAAGUCUCGCUGUAUGGACCUGUUGGAGGAAUGGCUGAAGGGUAACGGAGAGAGAGCCACCAUAGAGGUCCUGAUGGAGGCUCUGUCUGAGGCAAACUUACAGAGUGUUGUGGAUGGUCUUGAAGCACUGGCAGUGGCAGUUCCAGUUGGAGCUGCAGGAACAGAGUCUUCUUCAGUGACAGACUUGUUCCAGGAGUCUGUGAAGAAGUACUAUGAGUUGAAACUGACUCACUUCAAGCCUCUGAUCUGGAAUGACAACUUCACACUUAGCCUCACUGACAUCUUCACCCAGUUAGAGUUGAUACAAACACUAACAGGAAAACGAAGAAAAGAGCUUAAGUCAUUAGACGACUUGUUCAAGCCAGAUGUCACAGGACUGUCCACAGCACCAAGGUGCAUUCUGAUUGAGGGUGAAGCUGGAGGGGGGAAGACAACAUUUCUGUCCAAAGAAGCCCUAGAUGCCGUCUCACAGAAAACAGAGCUGGGCAGACGGCAUGACAUCGUCCUGUUGAUCCGACUCCGGGAGGUGAGAGAGGGGGAGACCAUAGAGGAGAUGGUGUGGGACCAGUGUGUUGAUGAAACAACUGAAGGUAUUGAAGCACAGUCCAUUAGAACAAUCCUACAGAGGAACAAGUCCUGUGUGCUCUUCCUCCUAGAUGGGUAUGAUGAGCUGCGGCCUGAGGCCAGGGCAGCCGGGCAGGCCAUUCCCAAACUGCUGUCUGGCAAGAUGUACCCCGACAGCACGAUUGUGAUCACCUCCCGACCCUCAGCAGGAGUGCAGCAGUACACCUGGCCAGACUGUCAUGUACACAUCAUGGGCUUCUCCCGUAGACAUGUGGAGAAAUACAUGCAGCAGUAUUUCACUGUUGUUGGGAAGCAAGAACUGACAGAGACACUUGCUCUACAUGUCAACAGUAAUGAACUUUUGAACACUUUAAUCUAUACACCAAUGUUCCUGAUGUUUGUGUGUCUGCUGUGGGAGGAGGACCAAGCGAUGGUGUCUACUGGAACAAUGAUGGGGCUGUACGACAACCUGCUGACAUGUCUGGUCAGAAAGUGCUGUAAGCGGGAAGGAGUGGACAUGCCAACAGAAGGGCUGCCUACAGAGGUUGCUGAGUCAUUACUGCAGCUCGGCAAGCUUGCGCUAGAGGCACUGCUGAGGAAUGAGACCCUGCUUGACCUUACAGAAGUAAAGAGAGAAAAGGUUAAUUGGGAGUUACUGUUAAAGCUGGGUGUGGUCUCCUUGGAGGUUUCUUCCUCUAAAUUGCAUCCUAGGAAACAGCUGAACUUUUCACACAAGACCAUGCAAGAGUUCCUGGCUGGACGAUAUGUAGCUCAUGCUCAAGUGAAGCAAGACAUUGUUGAGCUGCUGCAGCUCACCUCCAUAAGUAAGGCACUUGAACUCAGUAACCUGCUUCAGUUCACAUGUGGCUGUGACUCACAGGCAGCACAAGCUGUGAUGGAGGAACUAAGCAAGAUCAGCAGCAAGAAGUUUUCACAUUUACGACCAGAUGACUUUCAGAAGUCCCAUCUACCUGGAAAGCCAGAUGGGAAGAAAUCAGUUGAAACGUACAAGAAGUUUGUGUUGCUGUGCCUGAAUAUCCUGAGUGAAAGAAAAGAGCUGGGUGUUCUGCAGGCUGUCAGCAGAGCCCUGCCAGUUAUCAUUUUGGACCUCGACAAGCACAGUAAACAACAUGCUGCUCUGCAGUAUUACUUGGAAAACAUCCAGUCAUCACAUCUCCCUGAUAGAAUGAUACUAGGAUCAUCUUAUGUUGAUACAUCAGAAGCUCUUCAGUACCUGGAACAGAUUUUCACCUCGCGUGUUCCUGGCCUGCAGUUAGACCUAAGACUGAACUAUGUAACAUUUGACUCACCUGAUCUGACAGCCAGGCUAGUUUCAGUUCUGAAGAAUGUUCCCUGUCUGAGGGCACUGGGUCUGUCACGCACAAACCUAACACCAUCAUCACUCCAGCCACUUGUGCAGGGGUUCAGACACAUGUCUCUGUUAGAGGAGCUGUAUCUUUCUGUGAACCCUGUCCUUGGUGAUGCUGGGAUGGAAGUCCUACAGGUUGGGCUGUCCAGUGUUCCACACCUGGCUGUACUCCGUCUUGGAGGGAUAAUUUAUGGAGUUGGCAUGACAGCUUUGGGCAUCUCAUCCCUGGCUCCCUACAUGCGCCACCUAGUGGGAUUGAGAGAACUGGAUAUAAGUGAUAAUAAGAUUGGUGACACUGGGCUGGAAUCUCUCACCACUGUCCUCCACACCUUCACUGCCAUGCAGGUGUUGGGCCUGAGUAACACCGGUAUCAGUCCCACAGGCAUGCGCACACUGGUCCCUGUACUGUGUAAGUUAACCAGACUGAUCAAACUGGACAUUAGUGAAAAUGCCAUAGGAGACCCCGGGCUGGAAUGCCUGGCUGCUAUCCUCCACCACCUCACAGCCAUGAAGGUGUUGGUUCUCAGUUGGACAGGUAUCAGUGACAGGGGAAUAUCAUCCCUGAUCAAAGCUCUGCCUCACCUGGUGCAAUUACAGGUGUUGGAUGUGAGCUUCAAUAACAUAGGAGACUCAGGGAUUGUCUCACUGGUGCAAACACUCUGCCAUCCCAUCAGUUUGGACAUGGAACAAAACCCACCUGGUGACAAGAGUCUGACCACAGCCCCUCACUAUAACACCACACUACAGGAGCUGCACAUCGGGUGGAAUAGGAGAGUAACAGGAGCCGGACUGGGGAGGGUUGCACAGGUCAUCAGUACACUGCCGGCACUGACCAGGCUGCAAAUGUCUGGUCACUGGGACAAACCUACACACCUGUCUGACACCGCUGCCAUGGAUCUGGCCGAGGCUCUACCCAUACUCCCUGCCCUGGAGCAGCUGGACCUGGAGCACAUCUCCAUGGAGCCUGCAGGAUUCCAGGCUGUGGUGCAGGCUGCUGAGGAACACCCAACACUGGAGACGCUGGUGUACUCUACGCGGCUAGUUCCUGAGGGAGCGGACACCACAGCCAGCUGUCUGAAGCUGUACUGAGUUCCCAACAUGGCGACCUGCUCUGUACAUUUCCUCAGCUCAGGUGUGGCUGUCCCGACAGGUGCCCUCCAGUCUGGACCCCCUGUGUAAGUACACCAGCAGGUGUAAGGUGUGGGGGACCACAGGUGUGCUAACAGGUGUGUUUGUUCCAGGUGUGGCUGUCCCGACAGGUGCCCUCCAGUCUGGACCCCCUGUGUAAGUACACCAGCAGGUGUAAGGUGUGGGGGACGGCCUACGUGGACAGGGAGAAACUGGACAUCGACCUGCCGACAGCCGAGCAGUUCAACCAGAGACUCCUGCAGCUAGAAAACCACUUCAGGGAGAAGUACAGGGAGGUCAGGUCAAAGAUCAGGGGUCAAUGACAGUAGAACUAGGUCAAGAGUCAAGCUAGGCUUCUCAGGAAUUUGUUUUUACCCAUUGAUGUGAAUGAACUGUUCAUAACAGUCUUUAGUGUCACAAAGGUCAAGGUUCAUUCAACCAGGGUCCAUCAAUGUGAUGUUUUGAAUACCAAGUUCUGUUAUGAGAAAGGAAAAAGAAUUUUGAAGUUUUAAUUCAAUGAAGCUUAAUUCAGCAAUAGUGAACAUUGUCAUAUGACUAGUAACGUUACAUGUAACUUUGUACAUUGUUGUAAUUUCUUUAAGGAAACUAGCAGAUGUUUAUUACUCAUAGUAUUCUUCAUAGUUAUUAUUAUUCUAUAUAAUAUAUCCAACUGUUUAUUAUAAUCAAUCAGAACGAUCCGCUAGAAACUGUGAUAUUAUGUUUUAUGUGUUACACAACAAGAUCACGAAUGGACCAAACCUGUACAAACUUUUCUUGUUCUUAUAAUAUUAUUCAAUCUUUGUGGAUUAUCACAGAGAACCCACUUCAUUUCUGUUGUAUAUUUUGUACCAAUCUGAAGUAAUCUGGGAUGUGUGGAAUAAAAUGUGCCCACAGAUUUCCAAAUGUAUUCUGAAGAAUGA